GGGCAGAAGGAGCCGUUCUGGGGCAUAAUAGGGUGAGGUGGCGGCCGCGGUGGGGACGGUGCUGAGGUGGGGAACGGCAGCGGCGGCGGCUAGAUCAUCUUUCAAAAUAACUGCCCCAGAACCUCGCGGCUUUGUGAGCGGAACGUUGAAGAAUCUCUGUGAGUCACCUGGGCAGUUCAGGCUUGACACCGCGCACCAUGUCGGCAUAUUCCAAAAAUUACAAUCCGUUUGAUGAUGAUGCGGAUGAAGAAGACUUGAAGCCGGUGGAAUGGAGGAAUGAAGAGGACUUCUCCCAGAAGCCCAGGGAGCCUCUGGACAGACAGCAGUACCUGCGGCAGGAAGUGCUGAGGCGGACCGAGGCCUCUGUGGAGAGCACCAGCCGCUCGCUUUCCUGUAUUUAUGAGUCAGAGAAGGUUGGAAUUGCUUCAUCCGAGGAGCUGGUGCGUCAGCGUGGAGUACUGCAGCGCACGGAACAGAUGGUGGACAAGAUGGAGCAGGACCUAAAGACCAGCCAGAGGCACAUCAACAGCAUCAAGAGUGUAUUUGGGGGCUUCGUCAAUUACUUUAAAUCCAAACCGGCCGAGGUCACUCCCCCCCAGAAUGGCGUCAUCGGCUCCCAGCCUAGCGCACGACUGCAAGAAGCCAUAGCCACAAGUAAGGAACAAGAGGCGAAUUAUCAGGCAAGCCACCCCAACCUCAGGAGGCUACAGAGUUCAGAUGUCACUGUUGGUGGGACUAGCUCUGCCGUCAGUACCGAUGCCUAUCCAAAGAAUCCGCAUCUCCGAGCCUAUCACCAAAAAAUAGACGACAAUCUCGACGAGAUGUCCAAGGGCCUCGGCCGCCUCAAAGACAUUGCCUUGGGAAUGCAGACUGAAAUGGAAGAACAGGACAGCAUCAUUGACCGACUCACAACUAAAGUUGAGAAGUUAGACGUAAACAUCAAAAGCACAGAGAAAAAAGUCCGGCAGCUUUAGAGACAAUUGAGGUUUUCUGUUCAUAUGCCAUGGAAUGGCUUGAGAGGUUCUUUCCUUCCCGAGACGUUUUCCAAAACUCUGGGAGAAUUCCAUUUCACUACUUUAGUAAGUUACUCAUUAAGCCCUGUCUGCAAGUGGUCCGACUACAUGAGUCUUCUGAAAGGUUAUUUAGCCUGGAUGGACAGGAAGGAGGCAGCCCCGUGUGACCGAUGCCUCAGAUGCUUUGCUGGGAUAUGAAGAAAGUGACUUCACUUCUCAGUUGAAUGAAAAGACAUAAUCAUCCUAGGAAACAAGGAGAGGUUCUCACACUGCACUUUGUGAAAGUGGGAGUCCUGCUGUGCUCUUCCUCCAGAGGCAUCAGACCUGAGUGGGGUCACAGGCCUCCUUUGUUGUCCCCCUUCUUGUUGGAGAUGGGCUUACCUCCCCACCUGGACAUUCCAUCUGACAGCGGCGUCCUGCAAAGAUCGAGCUUCUGAGAUGGGGCCUCUCCCCUUCUGUAUUUAGCUCAUCUCUGUCCUCUCUGCUCCUCCCAUAGGCCCUUCUUCCCCGAGCGGCAGUGGCCACGGCUGCCGUGGCUGUGAAGACCAUGUGCCUUCUUCCUCAACACCAGUGACUUUGCCAGUUGAGCCUUCUCUCAUAUCCCCUGGCAGUCUUGGCUGACUGCCUGCCCCAGAUUAGGAGCAGACUUACCCCUCUGUGCCCAGGACUGACUGGCUAAGGAGUCCUUGGAGCCCUCAAAGAGCAUGUGCCAUCUGCAGGCUUUUUCCCAGCAGCUCCUUUCCCAAGAACUGGACAAAAGUCUAUCUUCGUACCAUCUUAUCCCCCUAUCCCUACGCACCAGCCGUAUUGGAACAAAGUCUUAGGGUGGAACUGCGUGUCUACACAAUUGCAGUGCUCUGACUAAUCCCUCUUCUCAAUCACAAUUCAUACAAAUCUGUCUGUUAUAAAAAGAGGAUUUGAAAAAAUAUGAUUUGACUCAUAAAGGGAUGAGUCCACUGGCAGGAAAGAGGCAGACAAAGCUUGUGGCCAGAUCUCAGCCUCAGCCGGACUUCGUCUGUUCCCUCUCCACCACAGUCCUUGUCUCUGGUAAGAAUAUCUGCCCCAAGACUAGGAGAAUCUAGGAAGAAAUCCAAGGUGCCCCAAGGCCAAGUCAGGCCAGGGGGCCACACUGUUGAGGCAGAGAAGUAUCUAAUUAGUAUGUCUGUUAGUAAUAGGUGUGCCUAUUAGUAAGGAUAUAUCAGCUGAGUUGGAACUGGCCCCUUUCUUAUUGGGGCUCUGUUUCUUACAGUCUGUUCCUUGAUAACCUUGACAUCUUAGAUAAGGGAGUCUCUCUCUCUCUCUCUCUCUCUCUCUCUCUCUCUCUCUCUCUCUCUCUCUCUCUCUCUCUCUCCUCUCUCCCUCUCCCUCCCUCCCUCCCUCUCCCUCUCUCUCCCUCUCUCUCCCUCUCCCCCUCCUUCCCUCCCCCCCUUCCUCUCCCCUCUCCCUCUCUCUCCCCCUACCUAUCUAGAGAGAGCAGCUAGAUGUAUAUGUCUCUCUCUAUAGAUUUAUAUCUACAAAGAAACACACACAGAUAAACCUACCCAAUGCUGAAUGACACCAGCCAUGUAUACAGGACACCUGCAAAGAAUUGUGGAUCCAGUUGUUUUAAUAGACCUGACUUGAACUUGUUCACUUUUUGAGCGUUAAGGGGAAGUGAUUGCUUAAAUAAUAGAAGACACUCAGCUGGGGGAGCACCUGCCUUAUUCCAGGGUAAAACCAAGUAGGAAGUCCAGUUUUAAAGCAGCUCACUUCCUGGAAGCCUUUUUCAGAGGAUGAAAGCUCUCAUUAAGAGAGGGAGGAUUUCUCCUACCCCAGGUGCCUAUUACACCUUCAUGUGCUCUGUGCCUUUCUGACCUUUGGCGUUUUGACCUUUGCAGCCUUCAAAGAUAGGCCCUGCUGAGCUGCAGAGAGCUGUUGUGGCCUCCUCUUGCGCAGAAGGGCUUGGGUUGUUUUCUCACAGAUGGUCGUGAGAAACCCAGCAGCAUGACUGUCUGGAGAACUGCAAUUUCCCUAAGGUGCUCGGGCCUGGUUGCAGCCUCCCAAAGGUGACUGUGAAGAGAGAAGCCAAGUGGGAAGGGAGUUAGGACGUGGAAAUGAGAUUCCCGUUUGCUUUGCUUCAGACUACUAUUAAGAAAGCACACCCUCCAGGUAGCCUCCUUACUUACUGGUUCUGACCAGACCAAGCUGGCUGGGCUUUGGAGGCAAAGAUUCUGAGAUUGCACUCAGCCACACCCUAGCUCACUUCUGUUCUAGGGUUUUUACCAAUGCCUUUCUUCAACUUCCUCCACCUCACCUGUUUCUGUCUGCUGGUAUUUCAUUAUGAAAGGGAUGGGUCAUUACACCUUGGGCUUGGAAGAGUGGUUUUUAAGGCAGCUAGUCACUCCUGUCUGUCAAGGAACAAAAUGCUAAAAAACUAACAUAGAUACUUAAACACAACCUGUUCCAAGUAGACCGCUUAGAGUCCUUAAGAAGCUGGGCGACAUCUAGGAUAGACUUUCCAAGUGAAUGUCUUUAAGUCACUUGAUCACCAGUGAAGGUGCCUGUUGCGUCUGCUUGAUAGCUAUAGCCAAAGCACAUCCCCGAUGCCAGAAGGAGACUCCUGGGAGGCUUCAUCAUCUUAUCACCUACACGCUUUAAUGGAAAAGCAUCUAUAAAUGUUUCUCCUGAACUCUCCAAGAAAGUUUGAGAGGUUUGGCUGUGCCUGGGUCUCAGGAUCAGACCUGCUUGAGGGCAUCAGGGAAGAAUACGGGUGCUGACCGUAGGGCCCAGCCACAGGUGUGUUCCUUGCCUAAGAUCCCUGGCAGCUUAUAGUACAGUCAGACAGAUGCAAUUUUCCUCAAGGUUGCACAGGAACACAGACACCAUGACAAAAUAACCUUUGCAAACACCCUCCCCAAGCUUUGUUGCUCAGCCACACGCAAGGCUCCUCUGGAUUUCCUGCCUUCCCUUCUUGCAGAAGACAAAGACUAACUUAACACAACACAAGGAGUCAGGCUAUAUUCGUUUCUAUCUCCUGCCAUCCUGCCUCAGUUCAACUGCUGUGCUUCUUGAUUGUGCGAAGGGGUCAUUGAACAUGGCUUCUCACCAGUUGGGGCCCCUCCACAAAAAUUACAAAUGCAACUCCAGACUGAAGAGAAUCUAAUGUCCAUAACUGGGCUGGAAGCUACCUUUCCAGAAGUGGCUUAUCUUCUAGAACAAAGUGGCUGUGAGCUUUCUUAUUCUUGGGUUGGGUUUGAAAUAGGCUCAUACCUCUCUUGAAAGAAGACUGCUUUCAACACCCAGUCAGUACAAACCUUCCUGGUCAUCCUCUAGAAAAGACCACUUUGAUUUGAAGGCAAGAAUCUGAUAGACUCAGAUCAAAAGGCAGACACUUAAGGAUGCAAUUAAUCUAUCUUCAGUAUCUCUAACUUGAUUUUGUUGGUCUGUGAUUUUAAUUGUAAAUGCUACCAAUUUGUUACUAAUCUCACAUUUAACAGAAAUGGAAAACCUUUCAUGGAGACUUAAAAGCAUUGUUUUAGCAAUUUCAUCUGUAAAAAUUGGAAUGUUGCAUCAUUAAAAGUGCUUACUGUACAGUGAA